AUGAGCAGCAAAGAAGAAAUCGUAUUGCAGGGAUCGUUGUCAAUGAAGGGUGGAGAUGGAAUAUACAGCUAUGCCAAAAACUCCUCCUUCCAGAGAAAAUCAGCAGAUGUUGUAAGGGAAAAAAUUGAUGAGGCAAUUGCAGAGAAACUUGAUAUGAAAAGCCUUUGUUCAAGAGGCAGCAGAUUUCAUAUUGCAGAUUUUGGAUGUUCAACCGGACCAAAUACGUUUAUAGCAAUGCAAAAUAUACUGGAAUCUAUAGAAAGGAAAUACCAAUCCCAGUGCCCUACUGGUCAAAUUCCUGAAUUCCAAGUAUUUUUUAAUGACCAAGUAUCGAAUGAUUUCAACACCCUCUUCACCACUCUCCCUCUGGAUAGGAAAUACUUUGUAGCCGGUGUGCCCGGGCCUUUCCAUGGCCGGUUGUUUCCUGCUAGCUCUCUUCAUUUUGCUUAUUCCUCUACUGCACUACACUGGCUCUCUAAGGUGCCAGAAGUAUUGUUAGACAAGAACUCUCCUUCAUUUAAUAAAGGAAGAAUUUACUGUACGAGCACCCUGGAUAAAGUGGUUGAUGCUUAUUCUUCUCAAUUUGCUAAGGACAUCAAAAUCUUUUUGGAGGCAAGAGCGAAAGAGCUUGUUGCUGGAGGAAUGCUGGUGAUGAUCAUGCCUGCCAAGCGUAAUGAAAACCCUCAUUGCCAAACAGGAAUGGGAAUGUGUAUAGAGUAUUUAGAGUCUAGCUUCUUGGAUAUGGUGAACGAGGGAAUAAUAAGCGAAGCUAAAGUAGACUCUUUCAACUUGCCAUUGUAUGAGGCUUCUCUUGAAGAGAUGAUGGAGUUAAUACAAAGAAAUGGGUCUUUUAACAUUGAGAAAAUGGAGUUGACAACAGUGGCAAAGGGAGAAUCAACAUUUGAAAAUUAUAGUCCUUACACGGUGCAAAUGCUCAAAAUGCACAUGCGAGCUGGGUUGGAGGAAAUAAUCAGUAAACAUUUUGGAACUGAGAUUAUCGAUGAUUUGUUUGAUCGCUAUGCUAUAAAACUUGAGAACCUUUUCCAUCGUCUGCAAUCAGGCAAGGGAAAAGGAACUCAAAUGUUUGUUAUUUUGAAACGCAAGUGA